AUGGGGUUGACAGGAACCACGCUGGUGUUGGUGUGUGUGGCCUUCUUCGGCAGCGCUGCAGCCCACAAUUGCCAGAACGGAACGAGACCCGCAUCGGAGGUAAACCGAGAAGGCUGCGACUAUUACUGCUGGAACUCUGGCACCAAUUCAUGGGACCAAUUUUUCUUUGGGGACGGAGAAAAGUGCUUUUACAACACUGGUGAAAAUGGAAUUUGUCGAAACGGAGAAUGUCAUUUGACAAAUAAUUCAGGUGGGCCCAACGAGACUGAUGACAAUACUCCUGCGCCCACUGAAAAGCCCAAGCAAAAAAAGAAGAAAACUAAGAAGACUAAGAAACCUAAGCGCAAGUCAAAGAAAGAUCAGUAG